CUUUUUCACAGUACUGCCGCCAUGUUCUUCAGAGUCAGGAUGACAGACUGGCAGAAGAGCAAGUCGGGAACAAAGUCUGUGACUAAAAGCGAUGGCUUAACUCUGCUUUUCGGGGGUAUGACGGAGAGAUUUUAAAGCCACGGAACACGUUUAGGACCGCGGGGGGUUUCCGUUUUUUAUGUUUUAUAUAUUUGAAACAAACUGUGGUUCGGAUUUACAGCGAGAUCGGUAAGUCCUAAUGUUAACAGCGCGAUAUAUUUGGUUUUUCCAAUGGCGUAGGGACCUUUUUUAAGGCAGAUAUUUUUACAUAUUUGGGGUCAAUGGGGGCCCACCGAUCGAAUCUAUAACCACAUCUAGUCUGUUUAAAAAAAACGCAUUUAAACGGAAUAAAUACACUGAAUUAAUGUGAUAUAGAAUAACACAUUUCAACAUUAUUUCCUGAAAAGCGAGUUGCGAUACCAACGGAAUUUAGUAGCUAUUUGUUUUUUGGGACGUUUAACUGAUUAUCGAAGACUCAUAAUUUGCAGUUGUGAAAGACAACGAAAUAUUAUUUCCUUCGGUGAAGCCCUACUGUGGACGGAUUCCAAGAUGACAAGCUCUACCCCCUCGGAAAUGAUUAACCUCCGUCUCAUCCUGGUCAGUGGGAAGACGAACGAGCUCCUGUUCUCCCCCAACGCCUCGGCCGCAGACAUCGCCAAACACGUUUACGACAACUGGCCAAUGGACUGGGAGGAAGAACAGGUCAGCAGUCCUAACAUCCUGAGGCUCAUCUACCAGGGUCGCUUUCUACAUGGAAAUGUCACGCUAGGAGCUCUCAAAUUACCCUUGGGAAAAUCCACAGUGAUGCAUUUAGUUGCCAGAGAGACAUUGCCUGAGCCAAACUCCCAAGGUCAGAGAAACAGAGAGAAGACUGGAGAGAGUAACUGCUGUGUCAUCCUGUAAAUGCCCUCCAUCUUUAAUCACCCUGGACCCAACCAACACACCGGCUGUCCUGCAGUCUCUCUAUCAUGCUGCCACACACACACACACACACACACACACACACACACACACACACACACACACACACACACACACACACACACACACACACACACACACACACACACACACACACGGUCUCCUGUGUAUAGAGAAGUUUCCCCCUCUAUCACUUCUGUCCUUAAAUCUUCCACUAGUUCAUGGAUGGAUAAACUGCUGUUUUAUUAGCCCACCAAGGUACCAACCAAUGACUGACUAACAAACAAACCAACCAACCAACCAACGACCUUGUUGUUGUUUGGCCAUAAUAACAUGUUGUUGACUGUGUUUUGACAGUCAGUCCUUUCCUCCUUCUGUCAGAUCGCUCAUCCUUCCUGAACUAGGGGAAAGAGAGACAGAAUGUCCCUCCCUCUCUUUUCUACGACCAAAGCGUAGGGUGUCAAUCAACAACGCCUCUUUUAACCAUUGGGUAAAAUAAUAUGUUAAUUGUGUAGAUAAUCCUCUAAGAAAACCAAUGCUCCAUGUCUCUAUCAUGAGCCGUUUAAAGGUUAUUGCACCUUUUUGUUUUACCAUGGUAGGAUGGUCAGAAUUAGGGUGACUAAAUCAACAGAGGCCAGAGAAACUAAAAGGGUAAAAAAAAAUGCUGAAAAUGUCACAACAUGGCGUCAGCUCGAUGCUGAGAAGGAAGGCUACCUGACACACCCACUUUUCCCCUGAAACUCAUCUGUUCUUUCUGCAGGACAUAAAACAAUAUACAACUCAGAUAGAUAUCUGAUAUCUGUUUAGGGACAUGACAUGUAGUAUUUUCAUAUUUUAGUGUAACGCUUUUCAUAUUCAUUUGAAAUUUCUCUUCUUUUAAAAAAACAUUUUUUUUAGAAGAGUUUUCUUCUAUCUUCUUCGAGUCUCUGAAAUACCAAGCUUUUUUUCUCGACCUGUAGAAACAACUUGGUAGACGACAACGACCACAACAUUUUAAAUCCUCAGAAGUUGUUACGAGAAACCUUGCACCUCUAUGUCGGCAGAGUGGUUAUUAUCGGAUGGAUUAGGCUACGAAAUCAGACUUAAAAAAAAUAAAUAUAUAUAUAUAUAUAUUUAUAGUGUAGUUAUCAGUCUUGAACUCUACAAUAAGGUAAAGAAACCAAUCUGGAAUAAAGAGUUAUUUUCUUCCAAAACUCCUUUCUCCCUCCUCUCUUCUUCAGCCAUUUUUUUUAACAACACUGAAUGCAUGUGCCUCCUUAACCUCUGACCCCCCGCCCCCUUAACCUCUGACCCCCCCCGCCCCCCGCCACCCACCACAUCGAAAACCUGUAAAAAGAAAAUGUUAUUCUAUUUUAUAUUUUUCCAAUGGGAAUAAUAUAAAAAAAUAUAUAUAUAUAAAAAGAAGUUACCAUAUAUGUAGAAUAUAUUUAAUAUGAAUGUUAUAUUGAACAAGUUGAGGCCUAUAGAUCCAGUAUGUUGAUACAGUAUCUUAGUGUCUGUGUGUACACCAUGGGUUAGCUAGCUAGCUUUCUAGACAGUGAUUCAAACCGUUACCUUGGUGACAGGGUCUGCGUCCCGCCCCUCUCCCCCUCCCUCCGAUUGGCUCCCAUUUUCCAUAUAUAGUGCACUACUUUCAACCGUGGCCCAUAGAACCUGUGAUAGGCUAUCGUCCUGUCCAGGGGGUGUACUUGUACAUCAAGCUACCUCACGCUCCUUUCUUAUGGGCUUUUCUAGCUCUGACAAGGCUACUUACUGACAUAGGGAACGGGGUCCAAAGUAGUGCACUAUUUAGGAGAAAUAAGGUUACCUAUUCAGGACGCAGACAACGUAUUAUAUUAUAUUAUUAUUAUUUUUUUUUUUCAAAUGUUCAUAGUUUAAUAUGAUCCUUCUUUUUAUUUUUUUGCUUUCUUUCAGCACUAGGUCUUAAAGGACACGUCCCAAAUUGUAUCGUAUUUCCCUGCAUAGUGCACUACCCAUAUGGCUCGGGUCAAAAGUAGUGCACUUUGUAGGUGAAUAGGAUGCGAUUUGGGACGCAUCCCAAAGAGUAUCAGAGUUUCUCAGUGAUCAGAGUUUCAAGCUUGUACAGUGAUAAUAUUAAAAAUCAUUUUUCAAACUGAUUGUAAAUAAUAGUAAUCUAAAUGUUUCUUCUUUACCCCUCUUCUAUACUUCACAUGGAAUACAUACAUCUUUCAAACAAAUAAAGAUUAUUGAAAGUG